AAUCAACCGGUUCAACUACGGUGGGCGAUUUGGAGGCGGCCGGAUCUGAUUCGCUCGCAAUCCCAUCAUCCACGCAUUCUCAUACGUCACCGGUUAACAAAACCUACUCUACUCAAUCAUUCAAUGUCGUCUUUCUGCUCUGUUCCGCUCCGCCGGGGACCAAAUUCAUAAUUGUGGCUGCCAUGUUUAAUCAAAUGUAUAAAUACCCCAUGCGGAUCCUCUCUCGGCAUCUGAGUUUUGCCCCAAGGAAGAGCAACACAGCGAGAAAGGACCAAAGUUAAACCAAUAGAAAUGGCGGAUAACAACAAUGAUGCAUCUGCUCAAACUCCCACCAUCCCUCUCCUCACUCCUUACAAGAUGGGCAACUUCAAUCUUUCUCACAGAAUCGCAAUGGCCCCAUUGACAAGGCAGAGAUCUUACAACAAUGUUCCUCAGCAACAUGCCAUUUUAUAUUACUCCCAGAGAACCACUAAAGGGGGUUUCUUAAUAGCUGAGGCCACUGGGGUUUCUGACACUGCUCAAGGAUAUCCUGAUACACCUGGGAUCUGGACAAAAGAGCAAGUAGAAGCAUGGAAACCAAUUGUAGAUGCUGUCCAUCGCAAAGGCGGCAUCUUCUUUUGUCAGAUAUGGCAUGUAGGGAGGGUUUCAAAUUCAGGUUUUCAACCAAAUGGACAAGCACCAAUCUCGUCAUCGGAGAAGCUAUUGUUCCCACAAGUUCGAGCUAAUGGAAUUGAUGUCGCACAGUUUACUCCUCCUAGACGUCUAAGGACAGAUGAAAUCCCUCAAAUUGUCAAUUAUUUUAGGCUUGCAGCCAGGAACGCCAUUGAAGCUGGUUUUGAUGGAGUUGAGAUCCAUGGAGCUCAUGGUUAUAUUAUUGAUCAGUUCUUGAAAGAUCAAGUGAACGACCGAACAGACCAAUAUGGAGGAUCCCUGGAAAACCGUUGCAGAUUUGCUCUAGAAGUAGUUGAAGCUGUUGUAAACGAGAUAGGUGGAGACAGAGUUGGGAUAAGACUAUCACCAUUUUCAGAUUUCAUGGAGGCAGGAGAUUCAAAUCCAAAAUCUUUGGGACUCUACAUGGCAGAUAAUUUGAACAAAUAUGGAAUUUUGUACUGCCACAUGGUAGAGCCACGGAUGGUAAAUGUUAUGGAGAAAGUUGAGUGUGAACACAGCUUGUUACCAAUGAGAAACGCAUUCAAGGGUACAUUCAUAGCUGCUGGGGGGUAUGAUGAGGAAGAUGGAAACAGAGCCAUUGCUGAAAAUCGAGCAGAUGUUAUUGCUUAUGGCCGUUGGUUUUUGGCAAAUCCAGACUUGCCAAGGAGAUUCGAGAUGGGUGCUCCUCUCAACAAGUACAACAGAGAGACCUUUUACCUAUCAGAUCCAGUGGUAGGUUACACAGACUAUCCAUUUCUGGAAGAGUAGCAACUCUCAUUUGGGGUGGCUUGCGUUUGACCAUUUUAAAUAAUAGUUGGUCUCCACGACCGAGCCUGUUGAGCGAUGCAAUUUGGUGAUUAUGUUUCCAGCCACAUCAUGGAAUGGAGUGGAUUGUACAAGUCUCCAAUACAACUCUCUCUUAUUUUGUUCCACCGAGUUUGAUAGAUGAAGCAAGGAUGAACCCAGUGACCAGAUAAAUUUAAUAGUAAUUGAAGGUUUUCGUAAAAUUGGCAUUCUUUUAAAAUACAACAUGCGAUUUGGAUGAUACAUGUUUCAACCUGCCCAUUUAGUAAAGUCCUGUUCAUUUGAA